AUGGAACUUAUAUGGAGUAAGAUACCAAUAAAGGAAUCAGAAGUUUGUCUAAGUAAAGUAUUAAGAUGUGGUCAAACAUUUAGAUGGAAGAAUAUAAAUAAUGUAUGGACUUUUUCAACAUCAGAUAGAAUAAUUUUAUUAAAACAAGAUUCAAGCAAUAUCUACUACUCGCAAAUAAUGAGUCAUCAAAAUAAAUCGACCACAAAUGAUACUAAAACCAUUGAUUUCAUAAAUGACUAUUUAACAUUAGAUAUAAAAUUAGAAAAAUUAUAUACACAAUGGAAGGCAAAUCAUGAACCAUAUAAACAUAAAUCAAGUACUUCACCAUUUGAUUCCUUCACUGGUAUUAGAACAUUAAGACAAGAUCCAUGGGAAUGUUUAAUAUGUUUUAUAUGUUCAUCUAAUAAUAAUGUUAAAAGAAUUUCUAAAAUGUGUGAUAAUUUAUGUGUUAAUUUUGGAAAUUAUAUAAAUGAUUAUCAAGGUCAUUCAUUUUAUUCAUUUCCAACACCUAAACAAUUAUCAGGUGAUGAUGUUGAAACAAAAUUAAGAAAUUUAGGAUUUGGUUAUAGAGCUAGUUAUAUCUAUAAAACAGCAAAGAUGUUUACUAAUGAUGAACAAUUUCCCAAUAUAACACUAACUAAUUUAAAUGAAUUACGAAAUAAAUCAUAUGAAGAAAGUCACGCUUUUUUAAUACAGUUAUGUGGAGUUGGUCCCAAAGUAGCUGAUUGUAUAUGUUUAAUGUCACUAGAUAAGUCAGAUAUUGUUCCUAUUGAUACUCAUAUAUAUCAAAUUGCAAUUCGAGAUUUUAAAUUCAAAGGUAAAAAAGAUUUAAAGACUUUGAAUUUAAAAUUACAUCUGGAAAUAAGACAAUUUUUUAAAAAUAUAUUUGGAGAUUAUGCUGGUUGGGCUCAAUCUGUUUUAUUUGCUGCUGAUUUAAGCGAUUUGAAUAAUGGAAUUAAUGAUGUUGAACCUGUAAAGGAAGAAAUUAAAAGUAUCAAAAAUGAAGUGGUUAAAGUAGUUGAGAAGAAUACAAAUAAAAGAAAAAUACUUUCUGAUGUUGAAACCAAUAUCAAAGUGGAAACUGGCUCAAAGAAAAUAAAAGUAAGUAGAUCAGUAAAAGUAGAAGUAUAA